GGGGCCGCGGCCCCGGAGCGGGGCGGUGCCGGCAGCGGCGGGCGGCAGCAGGUGGCUCCGCACCGCUCGGCUCCGCUCUGCUCCGCUCCGCACCGCUCCGCUCGGCCCCGCAGCGCCCCGCACCGCCUCGCCGAGGCCCCUGCCGCAGCCAAGACGCCGCGGGCCGUGCUCCGAGUGAAGAAUGGCGCGGCCAAGCUGGCCAAGCCACCGGCGGCGGCGGCGGCGGCGGGGGAAGCCCCCGGCGGUGCCCCCGGCUCCGGGCUGUUCAUGGAGCGGUCGCAGAGCCGCCUCAGCCUCUCCGCCUCCUUCGAGGCCCUGGCCAUUUAUUUCCCCUGCAUGAACAGCUUCGACGAGGAGGACGCGGAUGGGGAUGGUCGGAGACUCAAGGGAGCCAUCCAGAGGAGCACAGAAACGGGGCUGGCUGUCGAAAUGCCCAGCCGGACCGUCCGUCAAGCCAGCCACGAGUCCAUCGAGGACAGCAUGAACAGCUAUGGGUCUGAGGGAAACUUGAAUUUCAGUGGAGUCCAUCUGGCAUCUGCUGGGCAGUUUAGUGACUUCCUGGGGAGCAUGGGCCCUGCACAAUUUGUUGGGCGUCAGACCUUGGCCACCACCUCGAUGGGGGAUGUGGAAAUUGGCUUGCAAGAGCGAAACGGGCAGCUAGAAGUGGAUAUCAUUCAGGCCCGAGGACUGACACCAAAACCCGGCUCCAAAACACUGCCAGCUGCUUACAUCAAAGCCUACCUGUUAGAGAACGGUGUGUGCAUUGCGAAAAAGAAGACAAAAGUGGCCCGCAAAUCUUUAGACCCUUUGUACAAUCAGGUGUUACUGUUCCCUGAGAGCCCUCAGGGCAAGGUAUUACAGGUGAUAGUCUGGGGGAACUACGGACGCAUGGAGCGCAAGCACUUCAUGGGAGUCGCCAGGGUCCUCCUGGAAGAACUGGAUUUGUCGACUUUAGCAAUUGGCUGGUACAAGCUCUUCCCAACCUCCUCGAUGGUAGAUCCCACUACGGGCCCGCUCCUGCGUCAGUCCUCACAGCUUUCCCUGGAGAGCACAGUGGGACCCUGCUGUGACAGGUCUUAGUGAGUAAGGAAGGGGGAACUGCUUUUGUUUUUUAAACAUGCUGUCAAGGUUUUGUUUGCUGGAACUCUGACCUCAAGCGCAAUGCAUGUUCAAUCAGUUCUCGUGGAGCUGGAAGAGGAGGAUAAACCAGUGACCUUAGACAGAAGACGAGGGGGAGGGCGCUGUACCCUCUCCGUCCGAGGAGGAGGUGCCAUGGGGCAUGAGUCCUAGUUGUCAAAUUAGACAUACACCUCUUGUUUCACUUCUCUCGCUGUCAUUCUUGGACCCUUGUUUCAGAUCAGUAUUAACCCUGGAAAGUUGCAGCAUUUGAAAGAGUAUGGGGGGAGUAAGGAAGGCAUUUUGCUUAACCGUGCAUCUUACAAAUUUCUUAGGUUCUUUCUCACAGUACCUGAAAAAUUCAGAGGCCAAUUUCUGACCUAAAAAGAGCAGGAGUAGAAAGUUUGAGAGGAAGCAUUUGUUUUUUCUGAGAUCUUUCUUCUUGCAAGAAAGAAAAAGAAAGAAACCUGCAACCCUUAAGUACCAAUUCCACGUCAGUGAGUCACGUUAACUGUAACGCUGUCGUUGCUGUGUUUUCAAACUGUGCCAAAUUACCAGCAAGUGUCUUUGCCGCGUUACUUGUCUGCCACUGCUGAUGAAGCAUACUUGGUGGGAGAAUAAGCGCCUACUUAGACCAGACAGUUUGAACAGAGUUCGAGUUUAGCAGUCUAAUUAACUGCAAUUUUGCUCAGUACAAAAGCACUGGAAGUGGGAGCUGAACGUCAGACUUGCUGCUUGAGAUAGGUUUUAUACUGACUCCCUCGUUGCUGUGCAUCCUUCAGCCCCAAUGUCUUCUCUCUCCUGCUUUUCUUUCAUCUCCUUUGUGCUGGUACAUAUCUGCUGGAGAUGCUGCCCUUCCUGUUGUGCUAUUGCCUGACCUGAAACAGGACUGUUUUAUUCUGCCACGGGAGAGGAGGUUGAGAUUUCUGGGGGUAGAGAAGAAAGAAACCUCAGGUUGUCAUCUGACAAGAAGGUGCUGGAGGGCACACGAUCCUCCUUGAGGAAAGAAAGUCGCUGUAGGCAAUCUCAGUAAUACACAGGCAUUGGCAAGUGUCCUGAGAGAGGAGAUGCUGUCCCCAGAGUAUGGAGCAGUAGUGGGUGAGGAGUCUGGAGACCUGGUGGUCACAGCAUGUAUAUUCUGUUAUUUUAAGUGCAACGCUAGCUGUAAAAGAGUCUCAUAGAUGAACCCAGUAACGCACAUUCUCUGAGCUGCUGAGCUACAGCAGCUGUUGUCAGCAGUCACAUGCUGGAGUAAGGCAUGCUAGAUCCUUCAGACAAGUAAACACUUCUAUUUGAAAACACGGAAUAGCCAAAAUAAUGGAGAAUCUCCAACGAUUUCCUGUUAAAAGGCCCUUUCUGGCUAGAUUUUCUCAUAGUCUUCAUGAGGAUUUGAUGGCUGUGGUCUCCAAAUGAGCUUUUGGAGAUGUUUGACUGUGAUUUAAUAGUGAAGGUCCCAUGUCGUGUUCAGGAGGGAGCAGAUUCUUGGCCUGUCGUUGAGGAAUACUGAACAUUUAUUUCUGCAUGCGGACCUUGGCUUUGUUAGAAUAAAAGCAUGAGUGUAGAGUGGAUGGUGAAAGCAGUUGCUUUUGGUCCAAGCUUGUCUAUGGCAUUUUAAAUUAUUUUGAGAUAAACUGCAGGAUAGAUGCAAAAAUAAUAGGCCUUACCUUAAUGUCUGUAAAAAUGCUAUAAUUACAAAGGAGAGGGAAGGAGGAGAAGGGACAUAGAAUUAAUAGGUUUUUGAGUCUUAAGUGGCAAAAGCCUCAGCAUUUCAGAUAAAUCUCUUAAUUUCCUUGAUCAAAUAUGUCUCUGGCCUCUCACUAAUUAUUUUUUCUAAUCGUAUUAGACAAUUUCUAUAUAUUAGAUGAAGAAAGUUUGUUGCAUGCUGAUCAAACUAUGUCGUGGCUCUCUUAUUUUAAAAAGAAAAAGCACAUUUACUGUAAUUUAAGUCAGCAUCCUUUCCUCUUGGUAUGUAGUGAGUACUAGGCAAUAUUGUACAAUAUGUGUAUGAACUAGAAUAGAUUAGGUAGAUUUAGUGGUUUGUAGCACUGGAUCUUUUAAUAACUAUGUCUUUAAAAGGACCGUGGGGAGCUCCGGGUACAUUCCAAACCUGGUAACUGAGUAACAGGGCUUCUGUCUUAAGGAAUGCUGAAAACUUCAUGUUGGCAAUCGUUUGGACAUUACCUACUAGUAACAGCUAGUUAAUCACAUUUUUCCUGGGUCCAGUGAGAUGAAUGCAACAUUUUUGCAGUCUUUCACGGGGAGUAGGAGACUAUAUAUGCCAAAAAAAAUAUGACUUUAUUUAAUGACUCCAUUGAAAAGCUCAGUUCCUCUAUGCCUGGCAAAUGUAACGUGUCUCUGUAUCUCAUCCCUCCAAAAGCUCUGCAAGCUCAAAGGCGAUUGGUUUUGUUAAAAGAGGACUACUUCACAUCGAGGACUAUCUUCCGUAUGUUUUUAAUCAUGCUGAAAGUUCACUGUCAGGGUAAAACAAAGUUAUGCUUCCACUUGUGUAACUUUGAUUAACAUCUCAGGUUCUGAGUUUGGAGGCAGUUUUAGCAGUCUGCUCUGGACUGUUUUCUUCUGCAUUUUUUCCAUGGUUGACCGUCGUCCAGUGAUUCUCACUUUUGUUUCGAGUCACUUCCAAGUCCUGUUUCUCCACAGUAAGUGAACGUUACAAUCCCUGGCUGCCAUGCACAACACAGCCAUGUGAACUGGCGAGUCCAGAAAUAAACCAAACAGACUCAACAAAACCAACAGCCCUUCGUAAACCGACAGACUCACAGGAGCCCUUUUCAGAGUGCCCGUGGGGCGCAGAGUUUGGGGUCAGUAAAGUUGCACAGUACUGCCCAGCCUAAAUUCUUGCUUCACUCAUGCCCACGAUUCCUGAGCUGACCAAGUCAUAUUGUGGUUUAAAAAAAUAAAGAUCUUCUAGUUAUCCAUCAGUUUAAAGACCCCCCAGUGUAGCAUCCAAGGCAAGUCUCAGGCUUGGGAUAGCUUAUUGUCAUAAAACAGAAGCUUUUUUUUUCCCCUCAAAUUUGACUUGCCAGUUUCUGUCUAAGGUGUUGUAAUGUGAUAGUUGUGAUUAUCAGUGCGCUUGUGUAAAAAGUAGCAGCUUGCUAGGAUGGUGAGCAGCUGAAAACUAAACUUUGGUCCCCUUUAGAAGUCCUGACUGAGUUUUUCUCCUGUGUCUGAGUCUAGCUGUUAGUUAUAAUCAGGGAGGGGGAGAGAGGGAGAGCGGGAGACUUAAAAAAGCCAACCAACCAACUAAAAAUAAUUAAACGUGAUAAUACGUUUGGUCUGUGAGUGGUGAUGAGGGAUGAGACUGAGGAGAGAUGAAUACCUGCCCAGCUUCAGGUUGGUUCCCUGAUCCUCGUGCACAAAAUACUACAUCUCAAUAGUAACGGGAAGGUUGCUUGCAGGAAAAGAAAAAAAAAAGGAGAGCUGAUCCCUAAAUGUUUCCUGCAUUCCUGUUACUAUGGAAAACGAGGAAAUCCUGACGCUGAGAGCAUCUCGGAGAGCAGUGAUCUCUCCCCAGUGUCCCUCCCUGCACCUUGUGGUCUGAGCAGACAGCAGCCGUGACCGCAGUGAGCCCAGGUUUGUCCAGGUGCACGUGUGAUGUUCUCCUGGUGUCGCUUUCCCUUUGCCCCGACACAGCUGGGAUGCCACAGAGACAACACGAGGUCCUCAUUCUGCAGUUAAAUCCAAGGGUCCUCAUCCUGCAGCCAAAGCCCCGGGGGCAGGCUGCUGUGCCUCCUUUGCACCGUGCAGGCGUCCGCCUCCGCACGGCCACGGCAGGAUAGGGGCCGGGGGACGUCGCUGUUCUGCCGAGCACAUCCCCAACACUUGGCCAUGGGUUGUUUAAACGAAUAUUGCAGAUUUCUUUGCUUUGAACGAUGAUAUAUAUUUAAUGUUUCUAGCUACUGGAUCCUUUAUCAAUGUACUGUUCUAAAUUGCAGGUCUUCUGGAGUCAGAAUAUCACAAGUUCCUGUAGAGGAGCUGUUUUUAAGGUGUUGAGGCAGUUAACAGAAUCUCAACCUAAGCAUGUUUAGCAAUGUUUAGACAGCAAGACAACUUUUUUAUGAAACUCAUUUUAAGUUAGUUUAUUACAUGCUGUUAGUAAUAUUUUAAAGCAGGAAAAAUAUUUUUCUUUAAAGACCAAAUGAUGUAUGUUUUUUAACGGAUAGCAUAAUUUAGUGUUUUCAAAACUGUUUAAUGUUCUCAGUAUGGAGUUUACUCAUUCUUUUGAUUUCUGUGUUCCUUGUUAUAUUUUAUCAACUUUUUUUUUUUUUUCCAAAAGAAAAGAGGCAUAUGUAAAUAAACACCAGAAAAGAGUCCUAUAGGAAAUUCUGUUCAAACUGACCAUUAAAUUAUUAGUAAAUAUUUGUCACUGUUCAUUAAAUCUCAGCUACUAUUCAAGCCUUUGUUGAAAAAAAAAAAAUUGAUGUUGUAUUUUCAAGAUGAAAACAACUUAGCUAGUUUUGUCAUAAUCCUGUACUCUGUAUAAAAAUCUUUUUAUAAAGAAAGUCUAAUAGGCUAACAAGCAAUAAUCUAUUCCAUUUGGUGUGCACAGAUUGUGACUUGCAGGCUGUAGUACAUAUUGUUGAUACAGUUUAUAAUUGUCUUCAAUCUCAAUUCCAUCACUUUUGAAAAAGAUCCGUAUGAACUUUGAUUGUAAAAAGGAAGAUUGGGCUGUUGCCUUGUAAGAAAUACCCAUCGUGUAGACUUCGCUGUGAGUAUGUGUGCCCAGCGACGUGAGAUCUCUCCUAGGUGAAGGACGAAGCAGCUGUAGGUGACUUCGUACUACAGAGUUAACAAAUCCUUUCCGUAUGAACUCGAUGACUGUUUCAAGCACCCUGUUUUUCUUAGGCUACUUAGUAUUUGUAACUCAAUACGAAUGGUUCCCACUGCCACUGUAGCCCUGAUUAAGCAAAAAAAGCCUUUGCACUCUGGGGCCACACAACUCUGCCCAGUAGCUGCCUGUUUUCCUCGGGAUGGCAGGGGCAAGCUAACGGGAGUUUUUUUCAGAGCAGCAGAUUGAGCUGCUCUUCUUUAAAGGCUUCGUGGGUUGUUUUGUCCAUUUCAUAGAUGGUAUUUGUCCAUUCCGUGAGAAAAUUCCACCCAAGGCAGAGGAAGGUUGCACCUUCGCAGAGGCUCGGGGGGUAUCCCAGCCGUGUGAGAAGGGAGCAGGCUGUUCUGUGCCAGUCUUCAGAUAACGCUGGGCUCGGCUACAGAUUUUUCCAAAGUGGCAGGAUCAGGAUAUUGGAUUUUAAGGCAGCUCUAUCAUUGAUGAGUGCAUAAAAUAACAGAGCUUCAAACCAGCAUCCCAGUCCAUUGCCUGUGGGCUCCUCGCAGCGUUUCCCGUAGGAGAAAUCCCCGCCUCGUGCUCCAGGCGGCCAGCCACGCAGACAGCGGUGAUGCUGGAAGCCCCAAGAAGCGAUGAAAUAAUUCCCAGUCAUUUUUGAAGUGCUUGGAGAGCAAAAAGAGCUGUGUAAAUGCAAAGUGCCAGCAGUAGCCCGGGAAAACAAGCAGACCUUAAAGCACCUUUGGUAAUGCAGAGGGACGCACGGAGACCUGGGGCAAGCACCUAACGCCAAAUUGCAGCUCCCCAAUUUGGGCCAAACAUUUAGAAAAGAGGACGAUCUUUGAAAUCCUUUCCACGUGUACCGCAGUGAACACCCAAAGCAUGUUCUAGUGGUGUCCUCAUGUGUGUGCAGCCAAACUGCCCCUGCCCUGCGGGGUUCUUGUGACCCCUGCAUGGCAGAGCCCCUGAGCUGCGCUCAGCACUGCUGCGCCCUGCCUGGGUCUGGGGGCUGCCUGGCUGCCAAGCGCAUCCCAGCACAAGUCAGGGAAUGUGGUAGUUCCCCUGGGAAUUUGUCAGCGGUUCGGUAUUCUCUAAAUGUGGCUUUUGAGUCUUAAACUCACGUUGCCAGACUUCUCUCCAUGACCAGGCAGCCCCGAGUCCAUGCCAAGCCCCCACUGCUCACCAUGCAGCAGCACCGGGCUCUGCCAGGCACCUCCAGCGGUGCCAGCAGCCCUCUGCCCUCCCUUCCCUUCGGCAGUGGCUCCCAUCCUCGGUGGGGCAGAGGAACAGGGGUCAGGUCCUUGUGUAGCAUUUGGUCCUUUGCACUUUAGCAGCUGAAGCUGAGAGGGAGCCAGCACCAGCCCUCUACAGAGCACCAGCAAAAAGAGGCUGAGACCGAACGCUUUUCCCUUCGUGACUUCCCAGAAGCUAAAAUGACAACCAAAGUCCUGGUGUUAAACCCCGCUCUGCUGGGCCAGCGUAAAGGCAGCCUUUGCAUAUAUGCAGCACGCUGGGCACCUCGCUUGGGCUUGAGACCCCUGGCUCAGGAAGGAGGGGGCUUUGCCUUGCAGGAAGGACGCAGCCCAGGGGCAGCAGCGAGCUCUGCUUGCUGGGACAUGGGCAGAAGAGGGAGGAAUCGGAGCACAUCUGCUGCAGAAGCCCACGUGCUUUUCCAGUGGCUUGAUUUUAAGUUACCUGGGCACCACAAGCUCUGGUGGCUGCCCCCUGAGGGCUCCAGGUCCCCCUAAACACAGCCUGGGUUGUUCAAUCUUGCAGCAGGUUUUUCUGGGGCUGUGGUUCCUUCCCCAGCGCCGCUCUCUGGUCUCUGCUUUGUGAUUUCAUCCCCUGGACCUGGAGCUGCUCUGGGCUUUCUUUGGAGCCAGGAAGAGCGAAUCCACGGUGCAUUCCCUCAGCCUCACUGCGCUGGGCUUGCCUCCCUGCUUCAGGUGGGAAGGACGUGCUGGGGGCGCAGCGCCUCCCCCCGAGACCCCUGACACAGCACUGCCAUGGCCUGCCACCCGCCUGGGAUCCGUGUCCUGGCUCUUUUUUGCGGCAUUUCAGACCGGGGGGGUCCUUCCGUGCCAUGCUUGGGUGGAGCUGGGGGUCAAACACAUACCAUGCAGGCAGCCAGGAGACAGCAGGGACAGGCAGGAGCCUCUGCUUUGUGCUGCCCCCCAGAUGCUCCCCGUCCCUCUCCACCCGAGGCCUUACUGCAGCCCGUGGGGACGAGGCUGCCCGCAGCAUCUCCCAUGCUGAGCCGGCCGUCCCGCGGGGAGCCCGGGGCACUGCUGCAGAGCUGGCCUCUGCUCGGGGCCGGGGCUGCUCCCCUGGGGCCCAACCUUUGUGCUUUGUGAGCUGCUCCCCAAACCCAUCGCUUCCGGGGCGCUGAGCGGUUGCUGCCCGUUCCUUUCGCCUUUCUGUAGGAGCAGGGGUGGCUGAUCCCGCUCUCUGGGGGCUCUGUAACCCGCUCCAAAACCUUUCGGAGGUUUUUAACGCUGUCUGCUGAGAUCUAACCUUGCGGGGCUGGAGGAACACAGGCGAUGGAGCCAGGCAGCCUGCUUGCCCCCCGUGCCCGGUGUUUUGCGAGGUGCGUGGGCUGCCUUGGGUGGAAGCGUUGGGCGCGGUGCCCGAAGCGCGGCGUGCCGUGCCUGUGGCCAGAGAGGGUUCUGCUGUACUUUUUUCCUGUCUGUAGGUUUUAUUCAGACAAUAUGUAACGAUCGAGUGAUUUACAAUUCAGUGUUAAGCUAAUGAAAACGUUGAUAAUGGUGACAAUAAAAAACCUUUUUUUUUUUUC